UUGAGAAUAAGUCUGUUGAGAUGCACCAGGAGGCUCUCACUAAGGCUCUUCCAGGAGACAAUUUCGGAUUCAAUGUUAAGAAUGUUGCUGUCAAGGAUCUCAAGUGUGGUUUUGUUGCAUCCAACUACAAGGACGACCCUGCCAAGGAAGUUGCCAACUUCACUUCCCAAGUUAUCACAUGAACCAUCCAGGAAAAAUCGACGGGGAUUGGGAAGACGUAUACUAUGUGGGGUCCUGCCAAUUCUUUGGCUGAAGCAAAAGAGCAACAAGAACUUACACCCCGUGUUUUUGAAAGACUGUUUGCGCGCAUAAAAGAAGAGCAAACAAAGGAGCAAACAAAGCAUUAUGAUCAACAGUUCAAUUAUCAGUGCAACUGCUCUUUUCUUGAGAUAUACAAUGAACAAAUCACAUAUUUGUUGGAUCCAAGUCAAAGGAACCUUCAGAUUAGAGAAGAUGUCAAAUCAGGUGUGUAUGUUGAGAAUCUUACAGAGAAUCAAGUGUCUACGAUGGAGGAUGUUACUCAGCUUUUAUUGAAGGUGUGAUUCAUCACAUUUCUUCGCAGGCAUUGUAUUAAUACAAAUAUUAUCACUAUAUAACUUAGAGCAAUUUUUCGAACUUGUCUUAGCAUGCUAUUCUGUAGCAUACAAGUUUUCGUACUCUAAAACUCAAGUAAAUCAGUGGAUAUGCUUAUUGAUUGCCAAAAAAACUGUAUGGUUUUGUGUUACGCGGACCCACUUGUAUGAAUCCAAAUGAUUUUCAAAAUUUCUAAUGGAUUUUCUAUUAGUUGCCCAAGAGUGAGGUGCUUCAUAAUGAUAGUUUGCUUAGUAUUAUACACAUUGAACUAAAGCUGUGAGUUUUAGUUGGUACAUAGGUUCAUCCAUGUGAUCAAUAUCGUAAGAACACUGUUGUUGGCAUCCUUCAAGCAGAGCAUGUGGUCAAUAUCGUAAGAACACUGUUGUUGGCUUGAUGGUUAUGUGUUUUUUUGUAGAAAAUUAUCUUCAUGAUUUAAAUUAUUUAUUCUCCUCCUCUUCAUUUUGCAGACAUGUUUGAGCAAAGGAGGAGGUU